GAGCAAAGGAAAAGAUUUUCUCGAAAUGGAGGGCUUACGUCGAUUGGCUCAUCAUCUGUUCACACCCAAGGAAAUUACACGCUUCGUGGCCAUGAAGAAUCGCUUGAAGCAGAGGUUCUUCGAUAUGGAAAAACUAAAGACAACUUUUGACACAACAUUUCUGGGGAAAGGUAACCCAAAGCUGCGUUUCUUUUCAGCGGAUAAAAAUAAAACAACAGGCGAACCCGAACCCCAAUGCGAGGAGGACUUUGGGUACAUCCCAGGACCCCCGUACGAGCCGCGCGACACGCACUACUGGUAUCCGGAUCCGGAGCACCUCAAGGAGUACGCCAGCGUGGUCAUGUACCCCACCGGGGAUCAGUGGCAUCAGCGACCCCCGGCCACGGGCAAGAAGCCGCCGCCAGUGGAUCGCACUUUUCGCACGAAAUUCAUCAACUUUGGGCCGGCCCAUCCGGCUGCCCACGGGGUGCUCCGGAUGAUCCUGGAGCUGGACAACGAGACGGUGAUGUCGGCGGAUCCGCACAUCGGCCUGCUGCACCGCGGCACCGAGAAGCUGAUCGAGUACAAGACCUACCUGCAGGCCCUGCCCUACUUCGAUCGCCUGGACUACGUGUCCUGCAUGGCCAACGAGCAGGCCUAUGCUUUGGCCGUGGAGAAGCUGCUGAACAUCGAGGUGCCGCGUCGGGCGCGGUUCAUUCGCACGAUGUUCGCGGAGAUAAUGCGCCUGACCAACCACACAAUGGCCAUAUCCUCGUCGAUCCUCGACUGCGGCGGCAUUACACCCCUCUUCUGGCUGUUCGAGGAGCGCGAGAAGCUCUACGAGUUCUCGGAGCGUGCCUCGGGGGCCCGCCUGCAUGCCGCCUACAUCCGUCCGGGUGGCGUGGCCUCCGACCUGCCUCUGGGCUUCUGCGAGGAUCUGUACCACUUCAUCAGCCAGUUCAAGGAUCGCCUGGACGAGGUGGAGGAUCUGGCCACAGAGAACCGCAUCUGGCGCAUGCGCAACAUCGGCAUCGGAUGCAUCUCGGCGCACGACGCCCUCAACUACGGCUGCACGGGGCCCGUUCUCCGGGCCUGCGGCAUCAAGUGGGAUCUGCGCAAGCAGCAGCCCUACGAUGCCUACGACGAGAUCGACUUCAAUGUCGUCGUCGGCACCAAUGGCGACUGCUACGAUCGCUACCUCGUGCGCAUGCGCGAGAUGCGUGAGUCGCUGGACAUCAUCCUGCAGUGCCUCGAGCUCAUGCCACCCGGGGAGAUCAAGGUGGACGAUCGGAAGAUCACUCCGCCGCAGCGUCGCAACAUGAAGACCGGCAUGGAGGAUCUCAUCCACCAUUUCAAGCACUUUUCGCAGGGCAUCUUCGUGCCGCCCGGACAGACCUACACCGCCGUGGAGUCGCCCAAGGGGGAGUUCGGUGUCUAUCUGGUCUCCGACGGCAGCACACGUCCCUAUCGCUGCAAGAUACGUCCGGCAUCCUAUGCCCAUCUGGCGCUGAUGGCCAAACUGGCGCCCAAUCACCUCCUGGCCGAUGUGGUGGCCAUCAUUGGCUCCCUCGACAUAGUCUUUGGCGAGAUAGAUCGCUAAACAAAACACACUCCCUGCUCCCUGCUCCAUGCUCCCUGCUCCCAGCUGUUCGUGCCGAAAAUUUGUUGUACAUUUUGUUAAUUGAUUUUCAUUGUUUGCAGGAAAAUUCUUUGGCAAAUUGUUAUUUAAAGGCUUGCAAACAUUUUGUAAUUACAAUAAACAUUCUGCUGACAGCAUUA